AAGACCAUACAUGAAUAUGGAACAAGAGAUUUUAACCUUGGAUGGAAGUGUUGAUCGACAUGGUCAUCCUGCAAUCCGUACUAGAACUGGAACUUGGGUUGCUGGAGUUCUACUACUAGUGAAUCAAGGGUUGGCAACACUAGCAUUCUUUGGAGUUGGAGUGAACUUGGUUGUGUUCUUGACAAGAGUAAUAGGCCAAGAUAAUGCAGAGGCUGCAAAUAAUGUCAGCAAAUGGACUGGCACUGUCUACAUUUUCUCUCUUCUUGGUGCUUUCCUUAGUGACUCUUACUGGGGAAGGUACAAGACUUGUGCAAUCUUUCAGUCCAUCUUUGUCUUUGGUUUGGUGUCAUUAUCCAUAACUACUUAUACAUUCUUGGUCAAGCCUAGGGGUUGUGGAGGUGAAGAAACUCCAUGUGGAUCUCACUCAGGGUAUCGGAUGGGAUUGUUCUAUUUCUCCAUAUACUUGAUUGCUUUAGGAAAUGGAGGGUACCAACCCAACGUAGCAACAUUUGGGGCAGAUCAGUUUGAUGAGGAGCACCCUGAUGAAGGGCACUCCAAGAUAGCAUUCUUUAGCUACUUCUACUUGGCUUUGAAUCUUGGGUCACUGUUCUCAAACACUGUUUUGGGUUAUUUUGAAGAUAAAGGGAUGUGGGCAUUAGGGUUUUGGGCAUCUGCUGUUUCUGCUACUUUGGCAUUAAUCUUGUUCCUCUGUGGAACUCCAAGGUACAGACACUUCACUCCCAAAGGCAACCCUUUGUCCAGAUUUUGCCAAGUAUUUGUUGCUGCAAUAAGGAAAAGGAAUGUUGUGAUGAUCCCAAAUGAACAUCAUCUUUUCGAAGCCGAUGAAACCAAAAAUAUUGGAGAUAGAGAUAGAAAAAUUCUUCACACUGAAGGAUUCAGAUUCUUGGAUAGAGCAGCAGUAGUGACAUCAGAAGAUAACACAGACAAGGUAAAAAAUGAUAACACUCCUCCCAAUCCAUGGCGUCUUUGCGCGGUGACACAAGUCGAAGAAGUGAAAUGCAUAUUGAGACUCCUGCCAAUUUGGCUCUGCACCAUACUCUACUCAGUAGUUUUCACUCAAAUGGCAUCACUCUUUGUUGAACAAGGAGCUGCAAUGCAAACCAACAUUUCAACCUUCCACAUUCCGGCAGCGAGCAUGUCUAGUUUCGACAUACUUAGCGUGGCAGCCUUCAUAUUCAUCUACCGGCGAGUUCUCGACCCUUUUGUAGCCAGGCUAAAGGACAAUAAAAAAGGACUAACUGAGCUCCAAAGGAUGGGAAUUGGGCUUGUGAUUGCAAUAAUGUCAAUGGUUUCAGCAGGACUAGUGGAGUUAUUCAGGCUAAAGUACGCGAAAAAGGAUUGCGUAACCUGCAAAAACUCGAGUUCCUUAAGCAUAUUCUGGCAAAUUCCACAGUAUGUACUAGUGGGAGCGUCUGAAGUAUUCAUGUAUGUGGGGCAACUGGAGUUCUUCAACAGUCAAGCACCAGAUGGUUUGAAGAGCUUUGGGAGUGCACUCUGUAUGACAUCAAUAUCACUUGGAAACUAUGUGAGUAGUUUGCUUGUCACCAUGAUUAUGAAGAUCUCUACUAGUGAUGAUCUGCCUGGUUGGAUUCCUGGGAACCUCAACAAAGGCCAUCUUGACAGAUUUUACUUCCUGUUAGCAGCUUUGACAACUGCUGAUCUUCUGGUCUACAUUGUGUGUGCAAAGUGGUAUACAUACAUCAAGUUUGAAGGGAAGGGUAGUGGAGAAAGUGCAUGAUUUUUCAACUUUUCUGAGUUGAGCACAAGCUUAUAUGGAGGCACUGUAAGAAAUGGCUUGACUGGAUUGUGUAAUUUCCCCCUCUUAUGUAAACCCCUCUCUCUCUUCAAAGGAGUUUACAAUGUUAAAUACGGUCUUUGCGCAUACCUCUGUCCCCAAUCCCAUCCACUAUGAAAA